AUUUGUCAUUUUUGGUAAAGUACAUUUUCAAUUUGACUUUAUUUCUCUAAUUGUGUUUCUUGACAUUUAGUUAAUUUGAUUUUUAACCAUGGAAGAUAUUUCAGCUCAAAUUGAUUCUGUUUUUGAUGAACUUUCCAAAACUUUAAUCGAUAAACAAUUUAAUAGUAAAUUGGUCAACAAUCGGAUCACUCGCCUUAAGAAAUUCACGAAAAAAGCUGAUCGGGUUUACUUUUCCUAUUUAAAGGACUGUUAUGAUGAAUUUCUUAAUGAAGAAGAAAAAAUUUACGAUGAAAUUAGUGAUAAUCUAAAUGAAGACGAAGAUGUUUCUCAGUUGAUCUAUCGAAAUGUCUCCGAAAUUGAAGAUCUUUGUGAAGAUACUCGUAAACUCGUCACUCAAAGUCAACAAUUAAGAAAUGGAAUUGAGACAAUUAACAAAAGAAUCAAAUCAUAUGAGAAAAUACAAAAGCUCCAAAAGGAAUUGGGUGAAACUUAUUCCAAAUGUUUUCAACUCGUUAGUAUGGAGCAACAAAAAGAUGACAUAAUUGUCGAUGAGGAUUAAGAAUUUGAUUGAAUAGAAAUAAUUUUCAAUUCAUUUUAUUAGUGAAAACAUUAAUUCCUGAUCAUUGAUUGUUUCAUUUUCAUGAGAAACUUUCUUUUCCCUUUGUGAUUCGUGCCACUAAGAUGAUAUUAAAAAAAACAAUUUUCUGUUAAUGA